AACAACAGGUGCACAUUCCCGGGCGCCUCGUCACUUCCCCUGCGCUGGCCGCCCCGGCGGCUCUCGAAGCGAACUCACCCAGCGACGAGUCCAAGCUAUGACCCCAGGGGCACUGCUGCUGCUGCUCGGGGUCCUAGGGGCGCUGAUCGCCCCGGGCGCCCGAGGCUCGGAAGUGGAGGGCAAACUCCGCGAGAAACUUUUCUCGGGCUAUGAUAGCUCGGUGCGGCCGGCGCGGGAGGUGGGAGACCGUGUCGGGGUUAGCAUUGGGCUCAGCCUGGCACAACUCAUCAGCCUGAACGAGAAGGAUGAAGAAAUGAGCACUAAGGUGUACUUAGACCUGGAAUGGACUGACUACAGGCUGAGCUGGGACCCCGCGGAGCACGAUGGUAUCGAUGUGCUGCGAAUCACAGCCCAAUCUGUGUGGCUCCCUGAUGUAGUGCUGCUGAACAACAACGACGGAAAUUUUGACGUGGCUCUGGACAUUAGCGUCGUGGUGUCUUCCGAUGGCUCAGUGCGCUGGCAACCCCCAGGCCUCUAUCGCAGCAGCUGCAGCAUUCAGGUCACUUACUUCCCCUUCGACUGGCAGAACUGCACCAUGGUGUUCAGUUCCUACAGCUACGACAGCUCAGAGGUCAGCCUGAAGACAGGCACGGGUCCUGACGGGCAAGAGCGGCAGGAAAUCUAUAUUCACGAAGGGACCUUCAUUGAAAAUGGCCAAUGGGAGAUUAUCCACAAGCCCUCUCGACUAAUCCUGCCUCCAGGAGACCCCAAGGGAGGGAGGGAAGGACAACGUCAGGAGGUCACCUUCUACCUCAUCAUCCGCCGGAAGCCUCUCUUCUACCUGGUCAACGUCAUUGCCCCAUGCAUUCUCAUCACUGUCCUGGCCAUCUUUGUCUUCUACCUACCACCAGAUGCAGGAGAGAAGAUGGGGCUCUCAAUCUUUGCCUUGCUGACCCUGACUGUGUUCCUGCUGCUCCUGGCGGACAAAGUGCCUGAGACCUCCCUGUCGGUCCCCAUCAUUAUUAAGUAUCUCAUGUUUACCAUGAUCCUUGUCACCUUCUCAGUCAUCUUUAGUGUGGUGGUCCUCAACCUGCAUCACCGCUCACCCCACACCCACCAAAUGCCGCUUUGGGUCCGUCAGAUCUUCAUCCACAAGCUCCCUCUGUACCUGGGUCUGAAGAGACCCAAACCUGACAGAGACCAGCUACCGGAGCCCCCUCACUCUUUUUCUCCAGGAAGUGGCUGGGGUCGGGGAACAGAUGAAUAUUUCAUUCGGAAGCCGCCGUGUAAUUUUCUCUUCCCCAAACCCAACAGGUUCCAACCCGAACUGUCUGCCCCGGACCUGCGACGAUUUAUCGAUGGUCCAAACCGAGCAGUGGUGGGGCUGCCUCCCGAGCUACGUGAGGUUGUUUCCUCGAUCAGCUACAUCGCUAGACAGCUGCAGGAACAAGAGGACUAUGACGCAUUGAAGGAGGAUUGGCAGUUUGUGGCCAUGGUAGUGGAUCGCCUCUUCUUGUGGACCUUCAUCAUCUUCACGAGCGUCGGGACCCUUGUCAUUUUCCUAGAUGCCACCUACCACUUGCCCCCUCCCGACCCCUUUCCUUGAAGACUGAGGGGCCAAGUUCCAAGUCCUCAGCCAGUUAAACUGAGAGUUUGGUACUACCCCUCUCUGCUUUCACUAGAAAUCCAGCCCUAUUAUUUUGCCUCUGGCAGCUGUCAGGGUGCCUUGGCCCCACCUGAUGUGCAUAACAGCUGUUUACUUUCUGGGGUACCGAGGAAGCUCCUUUGGAUAACACCUACAUGCCCAAUGAUGCAGAACAAAGAGCAUGAACUAGAAUGUAAGCCUUAUGAAGGCAGCAUAUGUCUUUUUCAUUGUCAUGUCCCAGCUCCCUGCAGAGGUCCUGACCCCACAGUAAGUGCUGAACAUUUGUUGAACACUGAGGGAGAAAAUUUCUGGAAGGAAAUACACCAGUUAACAGUGCCUACAUUUGCAUGUUGGGAGUAGGCUUUUUUUUAAACCUUUCUAUAAUUAUCUUUUGUAAUGAAUACUACAUCUAGGAUGGGGAGGGAAAAAAUUUUCUAAAAGGCUGUAUCUGCAAUGUGAAAAGAAAAAAAAAUGCAUUUUAAAGACUCCCAUUCAACUUCCACCUUUGGUGGUCAAACUACCAAACUGAUCUGUAUCUGUUUCCACAUCUGUAAAAUGAAACUAAUGAAAAUAUAUGUCCUAUGGUAUAUACCAUAAUAAUAUAUAUGAGUUUACCAAAGGG